AUGAGUAUCUUGGCUUGGAAUUGCCGGGGUCUAGGAUCACCCCCGGCAGUUCGGAUUCUCACCGACGAGGUGAAAUCCAAAAAUCCAAUCCUAGUGUUCCUUGUGGAGACCAAAGCACGUUCUAGCAGAAUGAAGGGAUUCAUGAGGAAAUUGGAGAUGACCCAGGGAAUUGAUGUUCCUAGAGACGGCAUGAGCGGCGGGUUGGCUAUGAUUUGGAAGGAAGGCGCAGAUAUUCGGUUCAAAAGCUGCUCCAACUCGCAUAUCGACGUGGUGGUAUACGAUGAGAAGGGGCGGAAUCCAUGGAGGGCGACCGGGUUUUAUGGGCAUCCGGAUGCAAGGAAGAGGCAUAUAUCAUGGAGUUUGCUUGAAACAUUGAAGAAGCAAUGUGAUAUGCCGUGGGUGGUCUUUGGCGAUUUCAACGAGAUCACCCACCCCGAUGAAAAGCUUGGAUGGGCAGACCGUGAUGCAGAUCAAAUGAGAAAAUUUAGAGAUUGUUUGAGUGUGUGUGGCCUUAAUGAUUUGGGUUUUGUGGGAAGCAGAUUUACUUGGUGCAACGGCCGGUUUGGGGACCAACGGACCCUUGUUAGAUUGGAUCGGGUGGUGGCCAAUGAGGGCUGGCUUGCUAAUUUUUCUAAAGCGCAAGUUCACCACGUCUCAAUGGCAGCUUCGGACCAUUGCCUCUUGGCUUUGUUCUUAAGGAAAAAGGCGCCUCCAAAGAAAGUGAAAAAGAGAUUCUUCUUUGAGGCCAUGUGGAUCAGAGAUGAAAGAUGCAAGGAAGUCAUUGAAGGGGCUUGGGAUCCAUUACGGGCUGAUGUGGACAUUCAGGAGAGAAUUAAAAAUUGUCAAGGGCAGCUUAGAAGAUGGAACCACGGGGUCUAUGGGAAUGUGAAUAAGGUGCUGAAGCUGAAAUAG